UCUUUUGAAAAAAAAGAAGAGAUUGUGCGGUAUAUGACAUUUUAUUGUAGGUUAUUGGUCUUGAUUUUUAAUUCAGAUACUCAUUUUUUUCUUCAAUUAUCUUUGUAUUAUAGCUCUGUGGUUCUACACUCUACAGUGAGGUUACUUCCCAUGCUACAACAAAUUGCCUCUGGAUUGAAACUCUAUGACCUCCUUAGCUUGGUACAACAAGAAACUGACAUUUGCAGGCAGCUGUUUGUUCCAGGAUCUUUUUGCAAGGUGGAUGCUGAUUUUCUGAUGAAAUCACUAUCACCUUCAUUUAGUGAGACGGGUACAAUGAGGCGUGCAAGGGAGUCCAAAGUAGUCAACUUUCUGCAGGACUAUUUACAGGACAUGGAGGAUGAAGGAGAGAUCAAAGACGACAGAGACAACAGACCUGAGGAGGAGAGUAUGGGUGAAGAGGACAAGGCAGAAAAACAUACCAACACACACAUUAAUGUUAGCAAGUUUUGCCAAUGGCUGACAGGACAAUCUCAUAUUCCCUUAAGUCAUGCAGACCGUGAGAACUUCAAAAUUGUCAUUGAAUUUGACCACGACUGCAGUGUGCGCUAUGGUACACACACAAUCUGUUAUCCUGUAGUUAAUGCAUGUUCCCGCUCAGUCACAUUCCCAAUUGCACACCUGAGUUGCACAUACAUGGAAUUCAAAAAUGUAAUCUCACAGGCCAUUACCCAUGGCUAUGAAUUUGGACGCAUUUAGGAAAAUGCAGACUGUAAAAAUGUUCAAAUUGUCAUGGAAUUUGACCAUGACUGCAAUGUGCAUUAUUGUACACACAGUAUCUGUUAUCCU